UGAGCGGAUUCCUCAACUCUCUCCAUCAUGCUCCUCGCCUGCUGAUUCUGAAGGAGAAGACUUGCUGGGAUUGCUUAUAGAGAGACAGGCGUGCGACAGAACGUGUGCGUCCUUCUGCUGGACUCGUCCCGGUGAAGAUGCGCUGGAGUGAAGUGACGUUCAGAUGACAGCAGUUCACUUUCACGCCAAACGCGGACACCCGAUCAUCCGCAGUGCUUGCAUUUGUAGGAGCAUCGAAAACAGAUGAAUUGACAUCGGAGUGUCAUGAGAGCGAAACUGGGGAUUGUUUUGGAGUCUGUGCACGUGGUCCCUGGAUUGACUCCGGAUCAUGCUGUGACUGACAGCUAGCUUCAAAUUAAAUCAAACCGCUGGAAGGACUUUAUUGCGAUUGAAAGCUGUGGUCCAGGAGGAUUAUGAGAUGCUAUCAGAGUCUGCAGGAUGCUGUGGGUCCACGAGCGUGAUGAGAAGUUUCGUCUUGGUUUCGGAGAGUUGUGAACGCAACUUGAGCGCUCAGGAUGUCUCAGGGACUCUGCGAUGGAUUUUGCUCUAAAACCUGCACAUUUAUCCAGAGAGAUAGAGGUUGAAAAUCCUCACGUUUGUAGAAGGAUCACUGAUUCUGGAGAUAUUUGGCGCAUUUCAGUAGGCUGAGGUUGUGAUGAACCGAGACUUGGACGGAAUGCAGUUUAAAGAAGACUCGGUGGAUUUUAAGUUGCACUAUGGCAUAUGGGAGUAUGUAGAUAUUUAAACCAUGCAUGUGAAGACAGAAACAGCGAAUAACGAACAUCACGUUGCUUGAUCAGAUUAAUGGAUUCAGACAGCGUGUGUUUUUCAGCACCUUGUUAUACUGAUGUACUGGAUCAAAACAUGCUUUAUGAAAACAGAAAUGGCUGGAAGCACAACUCCUUAUAAUGCACUGACUUGAUAGUGCUUUGAUUUCUAAUCUAAAGUUGGGAAUCACUGAAGGUCCUCUUCUCUUCAGUAGAUGAUUGAAGCUUCAACAGGUGACUGAGUGGUCCGUGCAGAUUCAGAAUGCUCGUGUUGGUAUGAGAGCUCACCCCGUGGGUUUACAGUCCACCCGUUCUUCUUCCUUCUUCUCCUGCCCUGCUUCUUGCUGUCCACAUGCAGGCGAAGAAGCGAUACCUGCUGGUAUCUGUGGGGGCCUGUAGCCUCUUACUAGUCUACCUGUGUGGCCUACAAGUCGGUGAGUUCCAGAACAAUGCCCAGCUUUACGGAGUCUCACAGAUCGCCGGUGUCCCACCUCAGCCGCCCCGCUGGCCGGAAUGGGUGGAUCCUCCCCUACAGACGUACCUCGGUGAGGCCGAGCAGGAAGAGGACGGACCCCUGCUUCUUCAUCAACACACGUCUCCUCACGAGAGACGAGAGAUCCAGAAGAACAUCUACAAGAGCCGGCGAUGUCGCAUGGAGACCUGUUUCGAUUUCCAGCGCUGCGAACGGGGGUUUAAAAUCUACGUGUAUCCGCCUCAGAAAGGUGAGGCGCCUUCGGAAAGCUACCAGAAGAUUCUGGAUGCCAUCGAGGAAUCGCGGUUUUACACGACUGACCCUAAUGAGGCCUGUCUGUUUGUAUUGAGCAUAGACACUCUAGACAGGGACCAGCUGUCCGCUCAGUAUGUACAUAACGUCCGAGCCCGAAUUCAAAGCCUCCCUCUGUGGUACGAAGGGAGGAACCAUCUGAUUUUUAACUUGUACUCUGGAACGUGGCCUGAUUAUACGGAGGAACUAGGCUUUGAUAUCGGCCAAGCCAUGCUGGCCAAGGCCAGCACCGACGUGGACAACUUUAGACCACGCUUUGACGUGUCCAUCCCUUUGUUUUCAAAAGACCAUCCUCAGAAAGGAGGGAGCAAAGGUUAUCUGAAUCUUAACAAUGUCCCUCCCUUACGGAAAUACUUGCUGGUCUUCAAAGGGAAGAGGUAUCUAACUGGCAUCGGUUCUGAAACCAGAAAUGCUUUGUAUCAUAUACAUAAUGGGGAUGAUAUCGUUUUAUUGACUACCUGCAAACACGGGAAAGACUGGGAGAAACAUAAGGAUGCAAGGUGCGACAGAGACAAUGAAGAAUACACAAAGUUUGAUUACCAAGAGCUGCUACACAACUCCAGUUUUUGCCUUGUUCCUCGGGGCAGGCGGCUCGGGUCCUUCCGCUUUCUAGAGGCCCUGCAGGCAGCCUGUAUUCCUGUACUGCUAAGUAACGGAUGGGAGCUGCCCUUCUCAGAGGUCAUUGACUGGAGUAAAGCUGCCAUCAUUGGAGAUGAGAGAUUAUUGCUGCAGAUUCCAUCUAUCACCAGGUCUGUGGGUUCAGACAGAAUCCUGGCACUGCGGCAGCAGACUCAGUUCCUGUGGGAUGCCUACUUCUCCUCCGUCACAAAGAUAGUCUUAACCACAUUAGAGAUUAUCCACGACAGGAUACGGACGCACAUGUCCAGAAGCAGCCUGAUGUGGAAUUCUUUGCCUGGAGGACUUUACGCACUUCCUGAGUUCUCCAGCGACCUCACCCUCUUCCCCUUCUACUACUCAACACUUGGUAAGAGUCCGUCUCAGGAGUUUACAGCUGUCAUUCAAGCGGUCACACCUCUACAGUCCCAACAGCAGCCCAUAUUCAAACUGAUCCAUGCGGUCGCCAAGUCCAAGUUCUGUGCACAGAUUUUAGUGUUGUGGAACUGUGAGAAGCCUCCACCACCCAGAAACAAGUGGCCCUCCAUCACAACACCCUUCUCCGUCAUUGAGGGCAAAAGAAAGACGAUGAGUGGCCGUUUUUUCCCUCAUCAUGCUAUCAAAACUGAUGCAGUUCUCAGCCUGGACGAGGACUCGGUUCUGUCCACCAACGAGGUGGAUUUCGCCUUCAUUGUUUGGCAGAGUUUUCCAGAUCGGAUCGUAGGCUACCCAGCACGCAGCCAUUAUUGGGACAGUGGGAAGGGGAGGUGGGGUUAUACCUCUAAAUGGACCAAUGAAUACUCCAUGGUGCUCACAGGAGCUGCGUUCUACCACAGGUAUUAUCAUCACCUGUACACAUACUACCUGCCAAUAUCUCUGCUGUCAGUGGUGGACCAGCUGGCCAACUGUGAGGACAUCCUCAUGAAUUUCCUCAUCUCUGCAGUAACCAAACUCCCGCCAAUCAAAGUCACACAGAAAAAACAGUACAAGGAGACCAUGAUGCAGCAGGGCUCGAAGGCAUCUCGAUGGGCCGACCCAGAUCACUUUGCACAGCGUCAGUCCUGCAUGAACUCUUUCACACGUUGGUUUGGCUUCAUGCCUCUCCUUCACUCUCAGUUGCGUCUGGACCCCGUCCUCUUCAAAGACCAGGUCUCUAUCUUACGCAAGAAAUACAGAGACAUUGAGAGGUUGUGAGGGGCAAAUCCCUCCAACACCCCGCUGAACUCCUCAGAACAUCCCCAAACAGACCUUCAGUGUUCAGUUUGCCUGGACUCAAAUACAAUACGUUCCAUCUACAGAAGAAAAAAAAAAUAUAUAUAUAUAACAAAAUAUGCAACACUGAAUGGUUUUAUCUGCAGCUGAAGCCAUUUGCUCAGAAUAGGACUGAUUUGCGUGUACAAAUUUGUUGUUGUCAUCGAUGUUGUUGUCUGCGAGGGCCAUAGCCACUGCACAUGUAUGAAAAAGAGGCAAAAGUGUCCUGUGAAUGGAUGAAAACAGCUCAACGAGUCACCUAUGCCUGCAAUAUCUAUUUUAAUUUCAAUUAUUUUUUAAGAAAUUCUUCUUUUUUUUAAAGAAGUUUAAAAGAAAUAAAAUCUAUGAAUGCAAAGUGGGUUUGCACCCUAAA